GACAACUAUCCAGGUACUUAUAUAUUAAACACAGAACGGGUGGAGUAUGAAACAUUCGCUUUGAGAUGGGGCACUGCAGGAGGAUGCUACGACUUCUGAUACUGACAGCAGCGUUUGCAUUCGUUGCCGAUGCAAAACAACCUCGCCCUGCCCAGACGGGCCGGUCUCGUGUUCACCAACCGGUAGCAUAUCCAACGAAGCACUUCGAAACGCGGCCGGAGCUCGGGAAGUACCAGGAUGCAUGGAGGUUUAUUAGACUCAAUAAGAAGAUGCACCUUUACAAGCGUUCUUACAAGGGUAAGGGCAUGUACCAUGACGAUGAAAAGUGCGUGGUGGCAAAACCGCUAAGCAUUGGCAGCGACAAAGUUACAAUGAAAGUGACGAACAAUGGCAAGACGAUGUUUCAUUGGUUCUUGAGGAAAAAUCACACAACCGAAUACGAGGACAGCAAUGUCCUCGUCGCAUCUUUCAGCGAACGCUCUCCUGGCUACCAGUACCCAAUGGUGUUUUCAGACUACAAGUCAUGUGGAAUCCUGAGGGUACCUCACCAUGAGAGAGAAAAUCGGCUUGCUUGCGAAUUAUGGGCCAUUGGGAAGAAGCCCAAAGUGGGAAAUUGCUGCCGUUUCGUCUACGACCUGCUAUGCGGAAAGAAGGACUACGUGGAGUACGAUGCCCAAAAAUGCAAACAGUAAAAGUUGAUUAUACCUGUGGUUAUUCAACAACAAAAGGAUCCGAGCAUGCCGGCAGUGCGCGCUUAAAAUGUUUACGACUUGCAACUUACAAUAUGAAUGUACCGGUACUAUGUUAUCGAAAAAUAAACAUGACGAUCGAAAUCACAA